CAAGACAGUAACAGUCCGCCCACCACAAAUGAACCUUCACCAUUCAUAGACCACUUUUGCCGUAUUUACUUGCCCAUAAUUGCAUUGAAAAAUAUCCCUUGUUGAUCUCUAUAUCUCCUAUCCUCGCCAUCUCCAGCUAUCCUUCCCAUUGUUUUAAUCACCCCAUAUCCCUCCCUAUCUCCCUAUCAUAGCCGCCGCGAAAGCUACCCGGGAAGGCGCGAGAUAGCGUUUGGAUCACGAGAGCUACCUUGCAGGUUACGGCAUGACCAUCUAACCAUCAUCAACCACCACCAAGCCACGUUCCCCUCCCCUUGAAAAUCCCCAACCAUCAACGGCAUAUAUACGUACAACGCAGGAGCACCAACCCCAACCUGCAGGAUCAACCUACCUCGCUGACGACUCACGAAUCCGCAUUCCCCUCCUCCGCCGACUCUUUGACCGCAGCCCAUGCUGUCUGCCUAGCUCCUUCCCUGGCCGCCUCACAUCCCUGCAUACCCUGUCUCUCACCUCACCAGCCACAGCAACAACCACCGCCUAGAACGAUCCAGAGCACCAGAGCACCAACUUACCGCCGCCUUGCGAGAUUCAACGGCAGAGGAGAUAUAUUCCUGCGAGCGCCACUCACUGUGACAAUGGAAGCUCUAGGGCAACUCCACCAUAUCGCGAGACUCUAUCACAACUGAACACCAUAUCGAACCUGCGCGGUUGAGCAGCAGCUGGAAUCCCCAUCGCCGCCACCACCCCCAGCAACAGCCCCUCCGAAUAGAAGCCUAUAAUGCAUCAACACCCCCGCCCCCCGCCGAAGGGGGCUUCUCCGGCGUCGUCGCCGUCGACAAACCCUUAUCGCACGAAUAAUCCAAGGGAAGGAGGGCAGAGUGGUCAUAGCCGGUUCGGAUCUGAUGCGCCGCAGUAUAGCGAGAAUGAGUCCGCUGGGAUUCGUGGGGAGAAUGUCGUGGCUUCCUCGGGGCCGAGUGCGGAGGCGAGGAGGAAGCUGGAUCAGAUUGUGCAGAACUUCCAUACCAAAGCGGCGACUGUGAUACUACAGUCGAGGAUGUCGUUUCCGACUAUUCGAACAAAGGAUCAGACGACGAAGGUUAAUAAAUGGUUCCAAUUAGAGACGGAUGAUACAGAUGCAUUUCGCGAAGACUUACGACUAUGGAAAACGUGUGGGGGGUUUGAGAAUCGGCCUCCGCCGUUGAUCCUUGAAACAUAUAUUGAUACCUCUGAUCUAUCAAACAAACAAAGCCUGGUCAUUGUGGAUGACAACGGCAAGCAUUGGGAUGUCGCGGAAGCGCUCAAUGAGGCUCAGGACUCGAAACACGGUGACUCACGCCACAGAAAACGACAUACAGAAGUUAUACUGGAACGUUGGAAGAUAGAGCUGAAGGAAGGCUCAACGGACGAAACAUACGAUUAUGGAGCCAUACUGCCGACGAUAUACAAGAAGGCGAUAGUCUUCUUUCGCACCCUGUAUGCAACUGCCCGCUUCACUCCUGUGUCGAAGUUUGUGAAGGCCAUCGGCAAGGCUCCAACAUCAAGAGGCGGGCUGAGAAUCAAUUGCCGGAUUAUCAACGGUGAAUCAUUUGUUCCAGCUCACCAUGACCCACUCACCAUCCCUCUAUUCCAAGGGGAUGGCGAAACGACGACACGAUUCAACCUAGGCGAGACAGAGAGCCCCGCGGGACCGUUCUCUGCUGAGGUCUGUUAUCGCAACGAUUGUAACUUCCGUGCUGCAGAUUCCGAAGCUUUACUCAGUGAAAGGUUUAUGGGUGCUGAGGAUUUCUUUCAGCCAACAUUAGCAUCAAGACGGGAAGAUCGCAGGAGAGAUACAAGGGUGACAGAGGUUGGUUCAUUACCUGUCAAUCGACGGUUUUCUGUGGAAGUGGAGCCGACGCAGACGUACGGAAGUUUGUCUACUUUUCACGGCGAAGGGCCAACGCUUGCUGCAAGUCCGAUCUCUGCAUUGCGGGCUGCUAGGAAUAUGGGGUCGGAGACUAACUCGCCACCUGCUGGGUCAUCCUAUGCGAAAUAUGCUCAGCCUUCGAGGCCGACAUCAAGGGCAAAUGAGAGUAUUGCUGCUGCGAGGAGACCAUCUGUGUCAUUUAAUCCGUUCAAAGCUGGUUCGCUGUCUGGGUCUCCUUUACCUGGCACGUCUGCGCCACAACAAGGAGAGAUGCUGCCCCCUGGGUCUUCACAGUCUGUGCCUCGCUCUGUUGGUAUGAGCGCAUUAUCACAGGCGCGGAAUAGAUCGUCUCUGACAGCGGGAAUGCCAGCGUCUUUGCGUGGCAUACCGAUUCAACAAGAUAACACUAUCUCGCCAUCGAGCUCACCAAAGACGGUGACUAUUAACCGAUAUAGCAGUAGCUUUAGCCAUCGUCGCGGCAGGCUAUCGUACGGCGGGACCAGCAGGGCAGAGGAUGACCAAGGGAGCAGUGGCAAGCAGAGCCUCUCGUCAUCGGCACAACCUGGAUCGGGAAUACUCGCAGAGGCCACUGCUGGCAGUUCAGGAUCGUUGCAGACUGAUGACGAUAACAUCUCGGAUUUUCUCAACGUCCUUGAAAGCAAUAAAAAUUUACCGAGCUUCCAACAAAGAGGCAAUGAAGCUGCCACUCGGCGAACGGCGUCACAGUUAACGAGGUUCCAAUCUAUGAGAGAGUCUCACAACAUCCUCACGGAAUCUUUGACCUCGUCGAUGCUCCUGCACCGCUCGUCAUCCUCGUCUAGCCGACAACUAUCAAGCGUCCCGCCGAUGGUUGCAGCAACGUCCAUCUCGACGUCAUCGUCGCCUGGCAAACCAAUUUCGCCACACACCCCGCAUACACCUGCGAUUCCCUCGCGCUUAAGCGCCAACUCCAUUGCUGAGUACUCACAACCUCGUCGUGAACGCACGCGCAGCACAGCGGAAGAAGAUCGCAUCGACGAUGUUUCCGGCGACGAGGACGAUAAUGGCCCUGGUACCACUGCGAUCGACAUCCCUCUCUCGCCCAGGCCACGCCAGUAUGCUAGUCGUCGCUCCAGCUCGGUAGCCCAGGAGCAACGCACCCUCGCCGUCGAUGACGAUGAUAACGACCUCCCAUUCCACCGCAGCAUCAGCCUUGGCGCCGAUGACCGCGAACCCCCCAGCCUCAGCGAUCUGCGCGGCUUCGGUCGGGUCCCGGGAACUGUGCCGGAGGAGACACGCGACCGCUCUUCUCAACCCGCACCGGGUAUCGGGAGCGCGGCUAUGGACGGACAACUAUCAUGUCUUGAUAGCGAUUCGCCCCCUGUCCCGCGCUCUUCGGCACCGGGAUCACAACAACGCCCCACGCGACGACCGAAGGUAGAUCGCAGCUCGCUGUCGGCGCAGACGGGAUCAUCGUCCAGCGGCGUGGUAGACACCAGACGCGCAGGUAGCGGAGAGCACGAGCGCACGAAUCGGUAUAGCUUCUCCCGCCCCCUUGGGCCGCCGUUUGAUGAUGACGAGUACCCGCUGCUCUUCGAUAUGAGCGAGAUCGGGAGGAACUCGGAGCAGUCGCGGCGUAGUCUCGAAGAUGGCCGUGAGGGGGCUGGGGCGGGGAGCGAGAGGGAUUCGGGUGGUGGGAGUCGGAGGGGGAGUCACAGGGGGUGGUGA